AUGAACAAUCUGAAUGUUUCUGCGACUCUGCAUCUUUUCCGCAUUGCUAUGCGUCCAAAUUUAUGCCUGGCCCAAGCAACUAUUCCAACCUUUAAUCAAUUACCGAUGCCAUUGAACACAGCAUUCUCAGCGCCUGCCGCCACUACGGACAUCAGAGCUGUCGUGUUGGACAAGGACAACUGCUUUGCUAUUCCCCACUCAAGCUCCGUCUACAAGCCCUACGAGUCGAAAUUUGCAGAAUUGAAAGCGGCAUAUCCCGGUCGCUGCCUUCUCAUCGUCUCCAACACGGCUGGCGCAAUGUCCUAUGACACUUCGGGUCAACUGGCCUCUGAAGUAGAGGCGGCUACGGGGGUACGCGUACUACGACAUCAGACCAAGAAGCCGGGCUGCGGCGAGGAGAUAAUGGCCUACUUUCGCCAACACCCGGAAACGCGCGUGGACCGGCCUGAGCAGAUUGCCGUGGUGGGCGACCGGCUGACGACGGAUGUCAUGCUGGCCAAUACCAUGGGCAGCUAUGGCGUUUGGGUACGCGAGGGCAUUGUGGGGAAGGAGGAACGAAGUGUGUUUGCGCGCCUUGAGCAUACUAUGGCGGCCUUUUUCAUAGGCCGAGGUCAUCAAGCACCGAUCCCGUCGGAUAAAGCCGGCGCCUAG